AUGUCAGGAAAAAUUUUAUCGAUUGAUAAACAAAUCGAUAAAGCUCAUCACCAUCAGGCUUUAGAAAAUCAAGAAAAACUGAAACCGAUAAUAAAAACGAUUAUUUUGUGUGGAAGACAAUGUCUGCCACUUAGGGCACAUCGAGAUUACGGAACGUUUAACGUAGAACAAGAACCUGAGUGCAACGAAGGUAAUUUUCGAGCGUUGCUUAGGGCACGAAUUGAUUCUGGGGACAAAAAUUUAAAACAACAUUUAAUGACUUGCGGAAAAAAUUCAACGUAUAUUAGUUGGAAUAUUCAGAACCAAAUAAUUGAUGCCUGUGAUGAAAUUAUUUUAUCUAAACUUGUAACUAAAGUUAAUAGUGCUAAAUGUUUUGCCGUACUCGCUGACGAAACGUCUGAUAUUUCCUCAAUCGAACAAUUCUCAUUGUGUGUAAGAUAUAUUGAGUGUAUCGAUGAAAACAAUUUUAAAAUAGUUGAACAAUUUUUAAAAUUUGUACCAGUAGAAUCAACUUCGGGUCAAAAUUUAGCAGAUGUACUUUUAACAACAUUAAAUCCAUGUGGUAUCAACAUAAAUUAUUUACGCGGACAAGACUACGAUGGAGCUACAGCAAUGAGUGGCAGAUUUAAAGGUGUCCAAGCAUGUAUAACAGAAAAAUAUCCAACUGCACUCUAUGUUCAUUGUGUUUCACACAGCUUAAAUUUGGCUUUAUCUAAUGCUGUUGAUGUAAUAUCUAUUAGGAAUAGUUUUGGCGUAAUAGAAAAAGUAUACACGUUUUUUAAUACACCAAAACUGCAGUUUUGUCCAACUAGAUGGGUUGAACGACACGAUUCAAUAAUAGUAUUCAAUCAAUUUUUAUUACCUGUAGUGGCGGCUUUAGAAGAAAUUCAAUUGUGGAACUGUAAGGAUUCAUCAUCUGGUGCAUUUUUACUUUUAAAUAGUAUUCGCCAAUCUACAUUUAUAAUUUCAUUACUUUGUUCAGAGAAAUUAUUAGCUUAUACUUUACCAAUAAGUAAAGUACUUCAAACGACAGAUAUAGAUCUUUCUACUGCAGUUAACCAAGUAGGAAGUGUAGUGUCUAUUCUCCAUCGGCUUAGAAGUAACGCAGAAAAUGAAUUUAAGCUUUUAUUUCUAGAAGCACAACAAAUUGCCUCUAAUUUAGACUUUACUCUAUCCACACCUAGACUAACGAAACACCAAACUAAACGAUGUAAUGCACCAUCAGAAAAUAUUGAAGAAUACUAUAGACGUUCAAUUUUUGUUCCAUGGAUUGAUUCAUUUCUUAAUAGUCUGUCUGAUCGAUUUUUAAAACACAAAAAUCUUCUCACAAGUUUUAAAUGUCUUUUACCUACCGGACAUACUCCAACCGAUGAACAAAUUUCAAUUUUUCAGUCGCAAAGAUCGAAUUCGAAUUGUGGUACGAAAAAUUCAAAAAUGGUUGCUAUACUUUACCGCUAA